GGGAGCAACGAGCUCGCGAGGCGUACUGUCAAUCCUCAGAAAUGAUGAAUUGCAAUGGAGGAUCGUCCGUGGCUGAGGCACGCAAAACAAGCGCUCCCAUGGACAGCAAACCGAUCGUCACCUGUGCUGGAGAUGAGAACUUGUUUUCUACAUUGGAGAAGAAUUUAAUCCAAGCUAUACCUGCAGAAAUAGUAGAAUGGCGCAGGUCCUUUAGCAGGCCCAUUAAACAAGUUAAGCUUGGAGCUACUUUUGUGCCAUUUUCCAGGGAUAUUUUGCCCACUGAGAAAGAUUGGCAUCUCAUAAAACAACCAAUCUUUCAUAUUUAUUGGACUGAAUGUUCUGAUAUUGAUACUUAUAAGACUAGUGUCAGAGAUGAUAUUGAUGCUUGGGUAAAAAUAUUAAAUUUAAAUCAUAUCCAAGAUUGGAUGAUUGUGCUAGUAGAAACAUAUGAUAUAAAAAAAGCCAAUAAACUAUUGCCUAGGACAACUGUAUUGGAUAAAAUACGAAGUGACUUUGCUGCCAAAAAUGGUGAUAGAGUCUUUGCUGUAAUUAAUCCAAUUAAAUCUGAAUCUCGUUCUGCUGAAUCAUGGAGAGGCUUGAUAACUCGUAUUCGUCAUUUGAUGUUGACUGCAUAUGAUAGAACUCUUUCACGCUUUGAGGAUAUUAUACGUGAGCAGAGAGAAAGGCGAAAUAAUCCUAAUUGGAAUUUCUGUCAUUAUUUUCUUCUACAGGAAGAAUUGGCAUUUGCAUUGCAAAUGCUAGGUCUGUACGAUGAAGCAUUGGUGCAAUAUGAUGAACUAGAUGCUCUUUUUACACAGUUUGUGCUCAAUUCUAAUGUAGGAGAUAAACUGUUCAUAGAUACUCCAGUGUGGUUAAAUCUGUUUCAAAUGCCUCUCAACAACUGGGGAGGCGUGAAUUUAAAUAAUGGUACAAAUCAUCAUUUAAGGUUUCUUAUGGCUGAAUGUAAGGCAUCUUUAUUAGAUCUUAGGAGUUACUUGUUCAGUAGACAAUGUGCCAUGUUACUCUUGCUUAAUAAACCUUGGGAGGUUGCACAAAGAUGUUUAUCAUUUGUUCAUAAUACAUUGAGCGAACUAAGAAUCUUAGAAGUACAGAAGCCUGAAGGAUCUACAGAAUGUUGGUCAUUCCUCUGUGCAUUAGAGGUCUUGCAAGCGUGUCAGUUAUCUAUUUACAAUAUCGAUAAUAAUCAACAGUUAGAUUUAUGCUCUUUACAUAUGGCCAGCUUAUGGGCACUUGCAAGGGAUAAAUUGGGAAGCUUAGGACAAUUAUGUGGCCUAAUGCCGGGAAGUGAACCGACUAGUGAACAGUUGCACACAGUUGUGUAUCUUAUAGCAGGCAUAGGAGAUUCGGAACCACAGGUAGAGAGGAAGUUAACUCCUACAGAUAAAUUAAAGGAAGCACUUUCGUCCAAAGAAGCAUUUAAAAAACAAUAUUUGGAACAUGCAGAAUUAGCCAUGGGUACAUACAAGCAUGUCGGCCGCAUUCGGUCAGCCAGAUUAAUCGGCAAAGAAUUGGCACGAUUUUAUAGCGAACUCGGCGAAAAUCAAAAAGCAGUCGCAUUUCUAUCUGAUGCUUUAAAAACUUAUACGGACGAAGGGUGGAAUCACUUGGCUGCGCAAACGCAGUUAGAGUUGGCCGAGUGUUAUAAACGAAUGGACGAUGUCGAGAAAUAUACUAAAGUAUGCGCAGCAGUAGCUAGUAUAAGUGUUCUGCAUAUAACUGUACGCAAUACAUACUUGGAAGAAAUGUUAGGAUAUAUGAAAAUGAUCUCUUCAUCUCAACCAUUACUCACGGAGCUUGGAUGUGCUUUUAUAAUACUCAGUAUGGAAGUUAAAGUAAUGGAUAAGGUAGUACAAGACUGUGUAGUUAGUAUCGAGAUCAGUAUACAGAGUUUGUUCCCUCGUGAAAUAAAAUGUACCAGUGCCGCUAUUUCUGUAGAGGAGAUACAAAAGCCAUCCAUACCUAAUAAAAAGAAAGGAUUAAAAGCACCUGUUGAGCCUCUAGUACAAUUGUUAUCAAAAUGCACAUUAGAAGAUAUGAAAUUGCUUGAUCCUAGUUUGUUACACUUGCAAGUAUAUUGUUAUUUAGACUACAAGGAAGAUAGGAGUCUUGGAUCUGCUAGCGUUAUUAAUAAAAAUACGAAGCCACUCGUGAGACGUUCAGAUAGUGCAAAACAUAGAAAACCUUUGGUUAACGUAAAGGGUGAUUUUAGCAAAGCACUUUCGUGUGAUGAAUUUAUUAUGAAAGCUGGUACAAAUACAUUUAUAUUGACAAGGAGAGUAAAUGCACCAGGUCUAUAUAAAGUUAGCCAGUUAUCAUUGGUGAUAGAAGACAAAUUAGAAUUUUUAUCACCUGUACUGAAUCCACGAUUAUGUUACGAAGUAGCAAAGACGCAGCCGACGAUAUCGGUAAAUUGCGGUAGAGAUUUACUGGCAGGUCUUAUUCAAGAUAUUGAAUUAGUUAUUUCGAGCGGAAGUACAAAAAUAACUAAAGAAAUGAAAUUAAAAUUACGUACAUCACGCGGAUUGACGGUGCAGUCACAAAGUGUCGAAAAAGUAAUGGUGAAAGAACUGGAGAUAUCACUGCCAACAUGUGAACCAUUUCAAACUAUAAGGAUACAAUUAAAAGUUCUAGCUGAACUUCCACCGAAAAAGGAUGCUUCAUCUAUGGAACAUAAAUUGAACAUUCAAUGUCCAUGGGAUUCAGAAGAGAGCAUACUUUUACAUUUUGGUCCACCGUUAAUGUCUAAUAUGAAACUUCAUACGGCAAAACAAAGAAAAUUUAUUCAAAUAGUUGUAACUGGUUUGACAAAUCAACUUUUGCAAUUAACUGAACCUGAAUUAACUACGAUUACGUCGAUAGACGUUACUUUUAAAAACUUAAAUCCUAUUGCGGGUCAAAGAUUAGUGAUAGGUAAUGGAAUGAAUGUUUCCUUUAUGUGGGAACUUGAAAUUGGAAAAGAUGAGAGAUCUACGAUGCCAAUAAAGACUGACUUUCGUGUAAAAUAUAUAUCAGUUAGCGAUACUAAAGAAUUAAUUGAUACAUGUGUUGAUGAUGAUCCAUUACACAUACAUAAUUUAGAAAGAAUUGAGAAAGCAUGUAGCCUUUACAGAUGCAAUUUUGAUAUCACAGAUUACGUGACUUUAUUCACGGUAUCCUCAAAAGUUGAAGCAAGUGGUAGUGGAGGAGAGUUUUGUCGUGCUGGUAGUAUGUGCCAUCUCUGUCUUACAGUUAUGCGCAUGUUACCUAGUGUUAGCCCAAAUCCUCCACCACAGUUAAUGUAUGAAGUUCUAGCAGACCAAACUAUGUGGGCGGUAUGUGGUCGGACUGCAGGCAUUGUGUCAUUAGAAGUAGUAGAAAAGCAAAGUGUUACAUUAGAUGUAAUGCCUCUGACAAGUGGUUAUUUGCCUCUUCCUGUUGUUAGAUUAUCUCGAUAUAUACCUGCAACAGAAUCGAAAAAUGAUAUCAUCCGUAAUAAAAAUGAUUUAGGAUCUGGUCCUCGAUUAGAACCAUUUAGUCCAGGACAAGUGUAUAAUGCCAGUAAAGCACAGCAAGUGCAUGUUCUGCCAGCAGUUCCAUCAGAAUCGAACUAAAAAUUUGUAAAUUGUUGUUAAAAACGUGUACACAUUUUGCUUCCUGUAAACACUUGGAUUUAGGAGAAGCUUUAAAAAAUAUUCAUAAUUUGUUUUUGUAUCAUGGCAAACAAUUGUGUAAAUAUUUUUUAUUAUUUGCACAAUCGGUAAAGGUAUAAAUUAUAUUAUUAAUAUAAAUGA